UGCAAAUCUAGUGUAGUUCUUAAUUAAAAUUAUUUAAGCUCAUUAUGGAGUCAACUGAGGAAGAAUCAAAAUAUUUUGUAAAGGAGGGUUUCUUAUCCAGUCCUUCUCUCUCCUACCCACACAUAGAUCUUGCACCAGUGUAUAACUUCGAUAAGAUUGAAGAGCUAUCAAAUAAGGAGGUCAAAGGGCAGGGAAAAAAAAAGAAGACAAAACUAAAGUUAAUGGAAAAUGAAGCAGUUCCUUACCCUAAUAUCACUAUUAUCGACGUGAAAGUUAACGCUAGAGGUGUAUCUGAGGAUAGUGAUUAUCUAAGCAACAUAGAUAUUCUCAAAAACAUCCGUAGAGGCAACUCCUUCCUUAAAUUUAACGAUGAGAGUGGAAAAUCCCAGCUCAUUGUUGGCCGUAAAGGAAUGAUCAAGUUUUACGAUAUCUAUAGAGAGAUGCUUGAAGAAGGAUCAGAAGAGAAGCAAGUCACUAAGAAAGAUGGCAAGAGCAGACUCGUAGAAGACAAAAAGAAGUCAUUCACACAGAUGAAUGUCACUCUUGCAGGCCCUUACAAAUCAUUUGAGGAUGGAUAUAAAGUAGAGAUGGUCAAAACACUUAAAGCGAAUGGGGAAAAUGCUCAGGUUUCUUGGAACUCACAGCUUGGGCUUUGGGUAUUCUGCUCUAAAAAUGUAGCAAUGUUGGCUAAAUCAAGAGAUGACCUAGAAGCUUAUGAUCAGUCAGAGAAUCCAUUAAGAUUUCAAUUCUCCAAGCUCAUUGCAAACUGUUGGUUUGAUAAACUAGAAGAGAUUGAGGCCAAUGGUAUCAAUGUCGAAGAUCUUAAGAAAGAUAUCGAUGGUAAGACUCUUAUAGGAGAGUACUGUGGGGAUCCAAAUCACGUGCAUCUGAUCUUCUACCCUAAAAUAAGGAUCAUCUUCUAUACAAUGGUUGAAAACGGGGACUUGGAGUCACCAACCCAGGAAUCUAUCGACAGUUGACUUUUACCUGAAAAGAGUAUGGAAGUAUUCAAGAAGUAUGGUCUUGAUACAGUCACUUAUGAGUCCUUAGGAGUCUUCUCAACCUAUGCAUCAAUGAAGGAGACCUUGACGGAAACGUACAAAAAUAUCGCUAGAGCUCCAAUUGUCACUGAUGAAGAAGGAAGUGUGAUCUAUUUCGUUAGGAGAAGAGUCGAUGAGUCACAAGAUGAAGAUAGAGUCCUCUCCCUCGGCAAGCUUAAGACACUCGAAUACAGAUUAUAUAGGAAGCUAAGGGAGAAGACGAAAGGAACUUCACAUAGACUCAGGACUAAAGGAGCAUCUGGAACCUCGGAAAAGAAGGUAUGGGAAAGUGUUGUCACUAAAUUCAAGAACGAAUCCAGAGACCUAGUCAGAGGCAUCGGCGGAGGCGACAAAAUGCUUACUCAAACCGAACUAAACUUCUACUUCAACCUCGCUGAGGUCGCUACCCAAAAACUGUACGACGAGCCAGAACAACAAGACUACAUCCAAGAUAACUACUUAGUAUUCUUAACCUCGCUCAUCCCUGAGCUAGAUGCCACUAGACUGACCUCUAAAAUUUUCGAAAUCCAGUCUGAAAUAUCCUACGAAAAACCUGAAAUUUCCUAAAAUCAAAAAAUUA